GCAAAAUUUUUUAUCGCUAACAGGCAGGCUCAUAUUUUGAUAUGUUGUAAACAAAUUUUGGCUUACCUCUUCUAGACUGUACUUCAAAUUGACUAGUAAGCUAUGGAUCCCGCACUGUUGCGAGAACGCGAAGCGUUUAGGAAAAAGGCACUUGCGACACCGAGUAUCGAGAAGAAAAAGAAAGAUGAAUCAUCUUUUAAAGAUGACAGCAAGAAGAAGUCCAAAUCUGUCAGCUCUGUCAAUGCUGCACCUAAACUUGAUGCUGCUAGUUACAAAACCAUGGCGGGCAGUUCCUCCUAUCGAUUCGGAGUUCUUGCCCGCAUCGUCAGACACAUGAGGUCGAGGCAUCAAGAUGGGGACGACCAUCCGCUGAGCCUCGACGACAUCUUGGAUGAAACCAACCAGUUAGAUGUUGGGAGUAAAAUAAAACAGUGGCUGCAGACAGAAGCACUACAGAACAAUCCAAAAAUAGAAUGCUCGCUAGAUGGGAAGUACAUAUUCAAACCUGUAUAUAAAAUCAAGGAUAAGAAAUCAUUACUAAGGUUACUCAAACAGCAGGACUUAAAAGGCCUGGGAGGGAUCUUUCUAGAAGAUGUCCAGGAAUCACUUCCGCACUGCGAGAGAGCUCUUAAGAACCUGGCACAGGAAAUACUUUACAUCACAAGACCGACGGAUAAAAAGAAAAUUUUGUUCUACAAUGACAGAACCGCCACUCUUGAUGUUGACGACGAAUUCGUAAAAUUGUGGCGUGCUACAGCAGUGGACGCGAUGGAUGACGCAAAAAUAGAGGAGUAUUUAGAGAAACAGGGUAUUAAGUCGAUGCAGGACCACGGCCCUAAAAAACCUAUAGCGCCAAAACGGAAGAAGGUCUCCCAGAAACGAAGACAGUUCAAGAAGCCAAGGGACAAUGAGCACUUAAAGGAUGUGCUCGAGACUUAUGAGGAUAACACGUUGACUCAGAAGGGCGUUAGCAUUAAGUGAAAUAAAUUAGCUAAGUUAA